AUGACAUCUCUUUGCAGCACAAUCCCUAUGGAGCAGCCGCAACGCUCCUUCCGAUUCUUGUCUUAUACGGGGCCUCCAGAGCCGAAGCCAGGACCUCGACGUAGCCAGUUGAAAAAAGUCCCACCCAGCGAUGACGAAUACCCCAAUAUCGACGAGUUUCUGGGGGAGGAGCCUGGUUCGAACAGUGUAAGGGGGAAUGAGGAGGAUCUUGUACGCGCGGCGCAUGGUGUCGGAGUUGUCGAUUCAACGUGCUCAGCCGACAAUGAAGCCAACUACGAGAUUUACGGCAGUGGAAGAGGAAGUGGUGGUGUUGGUAGUGUCAGCUCCACAAACGAGCGAGAGGACGUCUCAAUGGCAACAACUCAAGAAGCAAGUCACACGACCCCUUUUAGGGGAAGCAGUGAAGAAGAUGUGAUUGUUAUUAAUGAUAGUGACGAUGAUCGUAAAGCUAAGGGAGAUGAUCAGAGUGGCAGCACCUGUGAGCCAAGUGGAUCUGCUAGAGAAGGUCUCUUCAUGAUUUAUGAGAGUCUGAAUCAAGGAUCUAACACUAGGUGCAGCACUGUAGAGUUUAAGCCCAAAAAUAACGACCGCCAGACGUACACACCGAUUGACAGUGAUGAUAAUGGCGGAAACCGCUCAGUACGAGCGGAAAUAGGCUCCCGGAAACAAGAGAGUCCGAGUGCGGCCAUUCCAAAGCCCCCCUCGGAGGAGUGCUCUAUAGGUCCACACAAUGUCAUUGGCCCGAAAUCGAAUGACAGCCGGGCACAUCGAAGCGUCAGCGUCCCGCAGCAAGGACUCGGAUUCGCUCCGCAAACUCGCGCUGUAAGCGAAUCACUCUAUCUCACCAGCAGCGAUGGCGAGGCGCAGGAUGCCCAGCCUCGGAAGAUUGAGAGGGUGGUCGAUCAAAGUAAGCCUCUACCAUUUGCAAAUACCGGUCCUGUCUGA